AGUAUGAACUGGGAAGAAGAGGAUAUACUAAUCUAAUUUUCAUAAAGUUAAAGCGACUAAUUUAUUUUAAUCUCAAUUACACAAAUCGAGGUGUUGUUAUCUUUGUUUUUUCCGAUGAAUAAAGAGAAGAAGUAUAUUGGUCGAAAGAAAGGCACGAGCAGGCUUUCCCCCAAGUCAAUAACAGUUUUACUACUAAAAGAUCCUGAUCUUUUUCCAGUGGGGUGAUCAGAAAAAACCAAAGUAGUGGGGAAUAUAUAUAUAUAUAUAUAUAUAUAUAUAUAUAUCGGUCGAUUAAACGAUGUAAUCUCCAUUUAUUGGUGCGGUAAUGGAAGAUUCUUAAGAUUAUCCAAUGAUUGAUUAAAAGAAGUAAUCUCCAUUAGCAACCACUUCAGUUUGAUUCUCCUCUUCCUCUCAGUCUCAGACAACGACUCUCACCAUUUUUCUACAGCCCACCACCACAAGGAGGCAGAAGUUUUCGACAUUGGUAGCUAUGAGAGAAGUCUCUCAGGGUUUAGAUGUGGCAAAUGAAGAAGAAUUUGCUUCUCAAUCUACAUUACUUAAAGAAUUUGCCUCCUUACCUACCAUUGACAAGGCAUGGGUCUUUGAAUCAGAGAAUGGAGGUAGUUCUCGGGCAAUGUUUUCGAUAAGCCAACCAAAUCUCUUAGGAAAUGAAAAACGGACUCAUAUUCUAUCUUCCCAUAUUGCAAAACAAAGCGACGGGUCUGUCAGCUUUCAAUGGGCGCCAUUCCCUGUUGAAAUGUCAGGUGUAUCAAUAAUUGUUCCGUCACCGUCAGGACAGAAAAUGCUUGUUAUAAGAAAUCAGGAAAAUGAUAGUCCAACACAAUUUGAAAUCUGGGGACCGUCUCGGGUGGAAAAGGAAAUACAUGUCCCAAAAUCGGUUCAUGGCUCAGUAUAUACCGAUGGAUGGUUUGAGGGGAUUUCCUGGAGCUCAGAUGAAAUUCUCAUCGCUUAUGUUGCUGAGGAUCCAUCUCCAUCCAAGCCAGUGUUUGAUGGCCUCGGCUACAAGAAAAGAGCUUCUACAGAGAAGGACUGCAAUAGCUGGGAAGGACAAGGAGAUUUUGAAGGGGACUGGGGUGAAGCCUAUUCGGGCAAAAGGCGUCCUGGCCUAUUUGUUGUCAAUAUUGCUAGUGGAGAUGUACACAUUGUAGAUGGAAUCUCCAAAUCCUUAAGUGUAGGACAAGUUAUAUGGGCGCCGAAGAAUGAUGAGUUGGACCAGUACUUGGUUUUUGUGGGUUGGCCAUCAGACUGUGGAUCUGAAAUGAUUGUAAGAAAGCUUGGUAUAAAAUACUGUUAUAAUAGGCCAUGCGCUCUAUAUGCAGUCAAAGCAUCAUUUCACAAAUCAGCAACUGAUAAACUUGAAACCAAAGGUGACAGAUCUGAAGAUAAGACUGCAGCCAUCAAUCUUACUCAAGGCAUAAGUAGUGCAUUCUUUCCCCAAUUCAGCCCAGAUGGGAAAUUCCUCGUUUUCCUGUCUGCAAAAAGUGCUGUGGAUACUGGAGCACAUAUGGCCACUGACUCUCUCCACAGGAUUGAUUGGCCUACUGAUGGGAAGCCUCAAACAUCUCUUAAAUGGUUUGACGUAGUCCCCGUUGUACAGUGUGCCGAAGAGGAUUGCUUUCCAGGACUUUAUUGUUCAGGUUUCCUCCGUAACCCGUGGCUUUCCGAUGGACGGACAAUGAUUAUGUCUUGUUACUGGCGCAGCAGUCAAGUAAUAGUUUCUGUUGAUGUGUUGAGUGGGAGAGUAUCUCGAGUUACUCCCAAUUCAAGUGCUUCGUGGAACAUUCUUGCGUUAAAUGGGGACAAUAUUCUCUCCGUGUCUAGUAGUCCAGUAGAGCCUCCUGAAAUCAAGUAUGGGUACUCUACUGAGAGGAAGGAAUGGAAUUGGCUCGAUAUUUCGGGUCCUGUUUCUAUAUACUCUACGAAGGUUAAAUCUAUGCUGUCAUCCCUCCAAUUUAGCAUAAUGAAGAUUCCAGUUCGUGAUACUUCUGUAGACCUUACGGACGGUGCUAGGACACCCUAUGAAGCUAUAUUUGUUUCUUCUAAAACCAGGAAAAGUGGUGCAUGUGAUCCAUUGGUGGUAAUCCUUCAUGGUGGACCGCAUUCUGCCUCGUCAACUGACUUUAAUAAAAACCAUGCUUUCCUGUCUACAUUAGGUUACAGCUUGCUCAUAGUAAAUUACAGAGGUACAUUGGGAUUUGGAGAGGAGGCGUUACAAUCACUCCCAGGAAAAGUUGGUUCACAGGAUGUAAGUGAUGUACUUGCAGCUCUAGACCAUGUCAUUGAAAUGGGUCUUGCUGACCCAUCUAAAGUUGCUGUGGUUGGAAUCUCACAUGGGGGCUUUUUGACGACCCACUUGAUCGGCCAGGCACCAGAUAGGUUUGCAGCAGCGGCUGCGAGAAAUCCUGUUUGUAAUCUUGCAUUGAUGGUUGGUACGUCUGAUAUCCCCGAUUGGUGUUAUGUGGGAGCAUAUGGUGGUAGCGAGGGAAAAAUUAACUUUACAGAGGCACCUUCACUUGAUCAUCUACGUGUGAUGUAUAACAAGUCUCCCAUUUCACACCUCUCAAAGGUCAAAACGCCAACCCUCUUCCUUCUAGGUGCACAGGAUCUGCGCGUUCCAGUUUCAGAUGGAUUGCAAUACGCACGAGCAUUGAAGGAGAAUGGAGUUGAGGUUAAGGUGAUGAUGUUUCCAAAGGACAACCAUGAAAUUAACAGGCCGCGAUCUGACUUUGAAAGCUUUCUUAAUAUUGGUGUCUGGUUCAAUAAGCAUUUUCAGAAGCCCGUCUAUAUAUAUAUGUAGUUCUACUCCAGAUUUUCAAGGUUGCAUCUCUGGAAAGAAAGAAGAACAAGGAUUAAAAAAAAGGUGAGGCUUAGGUUUCGAAGAUGCUAAUAAGACUAAUCUGACAAAUAGUGGCAAUGCUAAGUGCUGACCGAACUAGCUUACAUCAUGUUUUUUCUUUUUCUCUUAAUUUUUCCGAAUCUGACUGAAAUCACCUGAGUCAUCUGGAUCUGACUCAAAAAAGUGCGAGUCAGUGGCUUGGUCCCAUGAGACAUUCUGACUCAAACCAAGUCAGGUAGCGAGUGAGAUCUGACAGAAACUAAGAAUCCAGACAUCGAGUCAGCAGGAAACUAAUUUAGUGACUAGUGGAUAAUCCUGAGUCCCUCUGAACUUCUCUGUUAGAGGUAAAUACAUUCAUAAAACUGCACCUUGUAAAAAUCUCUAUUUUAAGUUUUUGGAUGUGGAAGUGCAGAAGUAAAGGGCUGCUCCUAGUCAAACAAAACAACAUUUGGCAGGGUAAUUUGAUCCCUAGUAUUAGUAUAUAUAGUUCUGUCUCGAAUGGGUUUGCCAAUAAUCUAACACUUUUUGUUGUUUUAGACUUGAUUGACUGUAACCGUAAGUGGAACUUAGUAGCUUCUCUACAAUAAUGUUUUCCUUCUUUCAUUAUUUCCAAGAUUCUGAACAUUAAUCUGCUUACUCAACAAAGCUAAAUUAAGAUGGCUCUUAACUUUAGUGGGGUGUUAAAGAAAAAAGAACAAAUUAAAAGUAGUGUGGCAUAUUCAAAUGUUAUCUCCAUUAGUUGAUGACUUGCACCAUGUUUAUUUUGAUCUAAU